AUGACCGUCUGCUGUCUGAGGUUGGCAACAGCAACCAUUGUCCAUGGGUCAAAAGAUGCUGUUGGUACACUGGCUAUCAUACUUACCCAGCUUCACUGGAAUUUGGUAUUUUUUUCAAGAUUCCAAGAGGCAUAUGAGGCAGCAAAUGAUUCUGUUGUACUCUGCUAUUAUCUUUGUUCUGUGGACCCAGGUUACACUCACCAUUGGGCUGAGUCACUCAACAGCCUAUAUAAUGCUUUUUCUAAUCUUGGACGGCACUCGGAGGCGCUCCCAUUCAUUGCAGAAAGUACCAAACUCUACUCCCAACUAGUCGAUGCCAACCCAGAAUUAUAUACAUCAGAUUGGACCACAUCACUCAACAAUCUACAUAAUGCUCUUUCCAAUCUUGGAUGGUACUCGGAGGUACUUCCAUUCAUUGAAGGAAGUGUCAAACUCCAGUGCUGGUUAGUUGCCAUUCACCCAGGAUCAUAUACCCCAAAUUUGGCCAUGUCACUCAACAAUCUACAUACUGCUCAUUCCAAUCUUGGACAGCACUCGGAGGCACUUCCAUUCAUUGAAGAAAGCAUCAGACUCUACUGCCAGUUAGUUGCUGUUCACCCAGGAUCAUACACACUGGAUUUGGCCAUGUCACUCAACAAUCUACAUAAUGCUCUUUCCAAUCUUGGAUGA